UUCUACCUUUUUUGAAGAUAACUUCUUUGUCUCUGUUACAAUGUCAGCCAAUGACAACCGGAAAUCUAUCUCAUCUUUACUCAAUCCACCUUCUCAAGACCAAGAUUCCGCAGCGUCAUCUCUAAAGCCUCCUGCUUCAGCGUCGUCUCGCCGUUAUUCUGCUCCGCCAAGGUCAUCCUUUGCUGAGCAAGACUCUAAGCUGGAUGACCAACCAGCCAAGAAAGCCAAGCGAAAGCGUAUCACCCCAGAGCAACUGGUGGAUCUUUUAGCAUUAUUUGAGAAGACUGAUACGCCCAGCUUUGAAGUCCGGGAAAAGCUGGCAAAUCAACUCAAUAUGACGAAUCGAGAAGUACAGGUUUGGUUCCAAAAUCGUCGUGCUAAGGUCAAUCGUGCCAGACUGAAUGCUAUGAACGCUGAAAACGCACAGUCGCAACAUCGGUUCCAACACUCGCCUCUAACACCUGGUAUAAAUGGAAGCAACCCAAAAUAUCAAUUUGUUCCCACUUUCUCCAGAUUGGAUGAUCAGCCUCCACAACUUCAUAAUGCGACCGAAUAUAGUGUAAAGGCUGCAAGAAGAACUUCAGCUUAUCCGGAACUUGAAUCGUCUAGAAGUAUUUCCGGCGCACCUGCUGGAGACCAUCGGUCUGGCUCAAAGCAUCUUUCUAUUCCUCCUCCUAUUAAAUUGGGUUCCCAGGAUGGUGGUGCUACUAGUGAACAUGAUCGUCGAUAUGCUACACCUUUAUAUUCACCAACUUCUGAUAUGUUUAACUUAUCGCUCAACCCUACUCCAGCUUCAGCCCAUCAAGCCGCUUAUUUUGAUAGUCGUAGAAAUUCAGGCUCCAUUUCAGCACCACAAACUCCCACCCACCAAGGUCCAUACCCUGCCACAUUGGCCACCCCACCUGCCUUGAAUCCAAUUAGUACAUCCUCUUCACCGUAUCAUCGCAGAUCGCACUCACACUCAUAUUCUUUGCCACCCACCCCAGCCUACUCCGACCAUUCGGCCAUCGAUUUAUUAGCAUCAGCCGCAGAGUAUGUACAGAAGAGUUGAGGAAGAAGAAAAACAGGAUGAGCAAGCCAAACCAAGAAGCUUUCGCCCUUGGGAAUGAAUGAUUCAACCAACCUACUCCCCUUCAUACCGCCCUGCACUACUCAC